AUGGCUCGGAUCCAUGCUAUCGAAGGUGCGCCAGCGCACGGCCCGAUGUUCCAGCGUCAUCGGUGGGUGACCCAGAUCGCAGGACUUCUCUACAUGUAUGCAUCCCUCGCCGCGGGGCUCUACUACGUGUACGUGCUCACGCCAACGUUUGGAAACGACUUGUGGUGGGCCAGCUACAAUGUGAGCAGCCACCAGUCCUUCCUCAUCGACGUCGUCAACCGUGCCCUCGCCACAACAAGCAACGGCAGCCUCGACCUUUUCGCCCCUUCCAGUGCCAUGCGCAAGAGUUACACGUCGCCCGUACCGACCACGUCCCUUCACCCAACCUAUCCGUGGCGCAUCAUCCUCAGCGAGUUUGUGACCAUCGAGUACGCUGUGACAAACCUCCGGACCAUCUCGGCAUCGUGGAGCAUGCGCAUGAUGACGCAAUACUGCUGGGUCGAUUUUGCGAAGCGGUGGGAGGUCGCGCACACGGCCAAGCGCGUCUCUCGGUGCCAUGCGCACUACACUAAGAACGGUGCCGCGUACCUCGAGACGGUCCUUCGCAAUGUCGUCUGGGACGAUUUCCUCGCAACGUGGGGCGGCCCCGGGAACGAGUUCACGGUUGCGGUGCAAGAGGCCUUGCUCGCGACGAGUGCGGGUGUCGCAUGGCUUGAUACGACGGCCAUGGCGCGCGACACGACGUCGAUCGAUGACGAAAUGGCCUUCUGGCGGCAGCACCACGUCACGUACUUUCAACUGCAGUGGGCCAACCGGCGCGGGCCGGGUAUCACGGAGUCGAUGGUCCUUACCAACGCGCUGGGCCUCGAGCAAGUCGUGGCGCUCAAGAACAUGGACAUGCCCACGGGUCCGUGGUCGUCGCAGAUCAUGUACUGGCGCUUCAUCAACGAUCUUUUUGUGCUCCAAACGCACAACCGGAGCUUGGUGCGGCAGUCGCCCAAUCAUUUCGCGCGCAAUUUCUCGAACAUGCCUGCAUUGGACUUGGAAGUCUACCAAGGGUUAUGUACCACGGCCGAGGGCUGCGUCGGCGCCGUCAACCUCCUGCACACCGAGCUCGGGCCGUUCUUGAGCGUCGAUACGUUUUACAUGGGCGUGCCACGCGCCUUGAGCGAUGCGUACGCCGCCUACACAGCGGUGUUGCAGCCGAUGCUCGUCCAAAACCAGAGCUUUCGCGCCCUCUACGAUGUGUUGCCCGAGAUCGUCGUCGCGCCGACACCGCCGUCGUGGCGUCAACCGAACUGGACCUUCUUUGGCGGGAACCCCAUGUGUGUUCGGCGCAAAGGCUCGACGUACGUGCAGCAGUCGUUCGACUUUGCCGACUCGUGCAUUGGGACGCCGCCGCUGACCGUUUCUCUCUCCAAGGACGCGGUAGUAUUCGCGUUCCUCGUACAACCAUCGUUCGUGUCGAUUCCGGAAAUCUGUGCGUUGACCACGUCCAUCAUUGGGUGUAUCGAUGUGCUGACCAAAGCCAACACGAUGGCUACGCUGCUACCGCCAAUGCCAGACGCGGCAGCAGUCGACGCGGCCAUGACGUUAGCGUCGGCGUCUUUUCUGCAGCUUGCGACCAAUGCGUCGUCCAACUGGAUGCUGCUAUACCAACCGCUCCUUGACGCAGCGUCGCCGGCCUGGUCGUUCUAUGGCCGUGUCUGCUUCUUCGAGUUCAUCCGCGGCCAGCGCGAGGUCGUGUCGUUCCAAGGCGACGUCUCGAACGCGACGAUCAUGUCCAACGCGUACCCUGCCGUUGCGUAUUCAACGGGCCAAGACGAAGCGUCGCUCAAGACGUCGACGCGUCUCGUCAUCUAUUUUGUGUUGUAUACGAGUGCGAUGCUGACAGGCGUCGUGGGCCUCGCAUCGCUCUAUGCCGUCUCGAGCCGAUUGCACUUUGUCGGUGCGAACCUCUUGUACUUUAACCGGAUCGUGGGCUCGGUCUGGCUCGGGCGCCCAUUGCAGUGGCUUCGGGGCGUCACGGCGCUCUGCAUGCUCAGCACGGCGCCCGUUGCCCUCGUCUCGGAGAAUGGGUAUACAAGAUUGGUGCAGGAGCCGCGAUCGCUCUUUAUGAGUGCGGUCGUGACGGGCGAAGCCACAUGGAUCAUCUACGUUGUCAACGACAUUCUCUUGCUCGUUUUUUCACCCGACAUGACGCGUUUGUUUGCGCCGCUGAGCAGUCUCGGCGUCUGGUUGGCCCUCUUAGCGAUCGAUGUCGGCGCACCGCUCUCGAUGACGGCGACGCUCCACCGCACGUGCUAUAGCACCGAUAUGGACUACUACCUCUACUGCGAGAGUGCUGCGAUUGCCGUCGGCAGCCCGAUGCGGCUGCUGCUCCUCGUUGUCGUCCAAGUCGUCGGCGUCCUUGCCGCCGUCGCCCUUGCGUGGAUCUACGACCGAUAUUUCUUGCGACGCGGCGCCGAGCUUCGUGGGGGUCAGGGCCCCCCGUUGUCGGUGGCCGGCGUGUGCACCGUGUACACGACGCCGAUCGUCGCCCAUUCGUGGGCCAUGGACAAGGUCGUUAGCGUCCUCUCCGGUAUGAUUCCGCUGCGCCUCGAAUCCGAACACUACCUCUUCGACAUCAAGUCGUGGAGCUGGAUAGUCGACACGAUCACGUACGAGCGGACACGGCCAAUUGCGCCGUCACUGGCCCCCCGGACAGCAAGCCUUCCGGUGGAAGCGUCGCCCGAGGUCGAAGCCAAGCGGUCGCGUUCAAGCAGGCUCACUGUGCUCUUGGGCUUGACCUACAUGGUGACCUCGAUUUUCGGCAGUAUAUCGUACAUUGCUGUGUCCGAGACCGACCUCGCCAAUGACAUUUGGUGGGCGCACUUUAACAUCACAGGCGCGCACGUGUUUCUAGCCAACUGGUUCAACGGACAGCUCUACAUGGGCGCGGAGCUCCCGAGCUUCAGCUUGGCGAGCCAUAACCUUUCGCAACUGGGGUCGUUUGCGUCGUCGACCUCGGUGUUCGUGCUGUCGGCCGACAACUUUGGGUCGAACCUCCAACACACGCAGCUAAAUACGCUACCGGCCGUCAUUGCGGGUCUGCGGACCACGGACGCCUGCAUCCAUGCGCCCUGGAUCUUUACGCAAUACUGCUUUCUCGACUUUCAACAGACGUGGCCCAUGGCCAACUCGGCGCGGCGCCAAGAACGCUGUGCCACGAUGACGACCAACGGCGCCGUGUACCUCGAGAGCCUUCUUCGCAACGUCGCUUGGGCCGAUUGGCAACCCUGCUGGGGCGCCGCGUUCCAGAUUGCUUUCAGUAACGACCUCCAAACCUCUUUGGACGGCCAGCGCUGGCUCGCACAGAUACAAGCGCCCAAUUCUUUGUCCGUUGGGGACGAAGCCACCUACUGGCGCACGUUUGGUAUCGCGACGUACGAUGUUCAGUGGCAAAACUACAAGCAAAUUGGGCUCCUCAGUUCGUACAGUGUCGAGUCGGCGUACGGACUCGUCUUCCCGCUCACGCUCCAGACCAUUAACGGCUCGUACCGGUUCCAGUCGCAGACGUCGUUUAAAGGCUACUGGGCGCUCGCGAGUGACCUCGUGGCCGUGACGUCCAACAGCAGCGGUAUCGGCGGCUUGUCUCUGCUUCGGUCCAGUCACCGCUACGCAUUUGCCAACAUCUCCAUGACAUCAGUGCUCACACUCAAUACGACGCUCAGUGUGCCGAUGGCCGGCAGCUUCACUCUCAUCCAAGACCUUGUUGGCCCGUUUGGCUCGGUCGAUAUGUAUUUUAUUGGCGUCCCACGCGCGCUCAAUCGUGAUAUCAUCGACUUGGUCAACACGAUCCGCGCUGCGUCCAUCGCGUCGGACGCGUCCCAGCGUGCGUACGCCAACCUCAUUGUGCCCGACUCGAUGUACGUAACGCCUGGAAUAUGGCUCUACUCCAAGUGGAUCUCGUUCGGGGGCUCGCCGUUCUGCGCGGACAUUGGCCUCUCCUCUGGCAUCGCCGUCACAUCGGGUAUGCUAAACCUGCUGUCGUCCAACAAGCCAUGUUCGUUGUCGCGUGGACACGCGCGCAGUGGACCGACGAUCGAGUUUUGGGUGGUGGCGGCCAUUAUGGCGUCGUUAACGCCAAGCAGCAACUUGACUGGCAUCUGCGAACUCAAUACUGCGUCAACGAGUCACUGCGUGCCCGACUUGGUCGCGACCGUCGAUUUUGUGAGCACACAUGUGCCGUCGAUCUCGCAUUCCUCGAUCGCCGCGUCGACAGCGACGGUGCAGCAGCUGCACAUUCAGCUGAUCCAGUUUAUGCGCCUCAACUUGUCGUCCUCCCUGUUUCUGGCUUCGUACGAGGUCCUGAAAACACCUGAUGACUUUACGUUUGCCUCGUGGAUUCUCUUGAUGGAGUGGAUCUUUGGCGUGCGCGAAGUCGUCCAACUGGUCGGUGAUCAAGGCAACCUCACGGUCCUUGGCGAACUGCUCUUGCCCGCGCAGCAAAAGGUGCACGAGUACGAGAUCCCGACGUCCGGCGCGACGUAUGCCCGUGCGGCGGUCCAGUACAUCACCGCCGUCGUCAUCCUCGUUGCAGGCCUCACUGUUGCCUACAUCAUCACGAGCCGCGGACAGAUCGAAGGCCGCAACAUGUUUUCUCUUGGCAGUGUCGGCGGUGUCGUCUGGAUUGGCCGGCCAUUGCUCUUUCUUCGAAGCAUCACGGCCAUUGGGAUUCUCUCGACGGGAACACUCUCGCUCGAGUUCAACGGCCGCUUCAGCUACCUCCAAGUGUCGGUGACGCCGUGGUAUCAGACGCUGAUUGAAGCCAACGAGCUCACGUGGCUUGCCGCCGUCGUCAACGAUGUUUUCAUUGCGUACACGCGCGAGUACAACCGCUACUACAAUGCAAUCAAUAUCGCGCUCGUCUGGCUCGUCGCGGGAUGCGUGAGCUUGCUCGACCCCGCGCACCAUGUGGCGUCGAUGCAGCGCGCUGUCGACUCGUGCGAAAUCGUUGAGGUUGACUUUCAGGUCGUGUGCCACAGCGCUCAGAUUCAGAUUGGGCAGUUUUCCCGCCUUUUGCUCUUGAUUGGUAUCGUGUUUGCUGUCAAGCUCUUCUGCUACGUGGCGACGCGGCUCUACAUUGGCGAGCCGACGCCAGCGCGCGCCAAGUCGAUCGUGCUCUACGCCGGCGCCAAGUUUUUGUUUCGCCACAAGACGUGGAUUUACCACGACGUAUACUACCUGGACCGCGCGUCUGCGCUCCUGAAUGGUAUGGUCACGCUGCGCUGGCGCGAAGCGCUGUAUGUUCUCGAUAUCAAGACGUGGCGCGCCUUUGGCGUCGAUAUGGAUCUCGUACCCGCCAGUGCGGGCAGACAUGUACUGGGCGCGAUUCCGCUCCAAAACUCGACCGACCGUAGUAGCUCGUUCGCGCCCAUCGGUCCCUUGGCCAAGCCGUGA